AUGGAAGCACAUAAAGUAAGAAGAAAAAAUCUAUCAUUAGGGAUUCCAAGCACAAAGGCUUCUACACCAAUUUGACCUCUUUCGCCUAGAUCUCCUUCUCUUGAAGGAAACCGUCUUUGUGAGCCAAUGACUCCUAGAAAAUUAUUGUACGAGUUUCAGUUAAGAGAUGCAAUAGUAAGACAAGAAAUUUGUAAAAGCGAAAGAGAAAACUGCGACAUGAAAAAGAGCAUUGAUGAGCUAAAAAUUGAAAUUUUGCAAAUAGAAAAGGAGCUAAAUAAAGAAGAAAGAUUGCUAAUUAGACAAGAAGAAGACUUAUCAUCGCUACAUUCAAAAAUAUUGAAAAAUGAGCUAUUUCAAAUUGAAAACACAGAAAAGAUCAAAGAGUCUGUUGAAAACUACAAAGAGCUCAUAAACUAUCUUAAUGAUAGUAUUGGAGAGGAAGCAAACUAUUUUAACAAUACCAAACAAAUCACAACAAAUUUAAAAUACUCACUACAUGCUCAAAAUAAUGACGUUAUGGAAAACAUGAGAGAGCUUAUCAGCAUAUAUGAAGACCAAUUAAAGUUUAAAGACCAUACAAUUAAAGACGAAGAAGAUAUAUUAAAUAGAGGAAACCAAAUAGAGUCAAAUAAAAAUCAAGAAAUUGCAGAAAUGAUAUCAGAGCUAAAAAAUGAAGAAAUUUCAAAUCAAAAAUAUAUUUAUAGCUUACAAAAAAAAGUAGAAAUAAUUAAUGCAGGAAAAUUGCAGAAAAAGAUAGAAAGAGACUUAGUGAUACAAAAAGAGUCCCUAAACUCAGCGGAAGAUGUGUUAAGCAGGCUGAAGCAAAAACUAAAAGCAUCAGAAAAAAUGGAGCCGUUUGUUAAAAAACUGGGAUUAAAAAUCGAAGGACAUAGAGAUCGAAUUAUCCGGAUAGAUUUAUCAUUAAAAAAAUAA